GACAAUCCUAGAUUCCUAGCGACCUGUCUCGACCUCCCUCGCCAGCAGCAACGUCACGAUGGCGCACCUGAAGGGCCUACACUGAAGGCGAUGGUAGGUACGGUUGGGGACGAACGGGUAGUCUAUCUUGGCUGUGGCUUGCGCUGGUUCGCACGCUGGGCGGUCGAAAACGGCGCGCAGCAUGUCGAUGCGCUCGACGUUUCCAACAAAAUGAUCGAUAAAGCGAAGGAUAUGCCUUAG